AUGAAGUUCCUUUCCCUGAUAUGGUUCUUUUGGAUCGUAAUCCUCCAGGUCGUGCAUGCCCAGGUCUCCAGGAAUGGCACUGACCUGGUGUGUACACCCUUCGGGACGUGCGAGCCAUGUCCAGAUGAUGCUCUUCACGAACCGUUCUGCCAACCCUUCGGGAACCGACGUCUCAUGCACUGUAUUCCCACUUCUCCCACUUCCGCUACUGGCGGAAAGCAAGCCCCCGAUGACGCGUCAAAUACUUCGACCGGCCAUAAGGCCUCUCAAGGAGAGACGCCUGGCUGGGAAUCGUGCGGACGCAUCGUCGAGAAGGAACGCGCAGACUUCUACGAGUUUAUCGCGUGCAACCUCUUCAUCGGUAUCGUUGCUCUCACCCUCGUCUUGGCACGGUCCAAACGCCUUCAAGCACUUCAAGCACGGCAGCUUGCUGCUCGUAUUGGUUUAGUUCGAAGUAGUCCAAAUCCGGGAGGCUGGUCUAGUGGGUGA